AUGCGUCAUCUCUUCGUUCUUCUGUCCGUCUUCUCCACACUUCUUCCGGCCGUUUUCGCUGCAGUUGACUUCCCAACAUGCCUAGCCAAUGUUCAAAACGGAUUAUUCGGGACCGUAGGUGGCAGAGACAACCACGGGAACCCUGUCGUCAUAUCAAACGCUACUGCCAUCACAUACGAGUUAUGCCUAGCAGCUUGUGGCGCCGGUCCAGAGCCUUUCCACUGGUCCGUUUUCUCCCAGCAGUUCAGCUCAUGGCUUUUGCCAUGGUUGGCUCUAGUGAGCCAACUCCCGUUUGGAUCCAACGACAAACUCGACAAUUUGGAGUCGGUGCUGCUGACAAUCGGCUCUCCAGCCCUGGCGGCCUAUUCCCUUGCCUUAACAGUGCUAAAUGGACGUUGGAUAGCACGUCGUUUUGCACGAUUCACAUAUCCUAAUGUCCGACGUGCCAUCCGUAUCCUCAACAGCUUACAACAAGCACCAUUGAGAGUAGUGAACGACGACGCACUCCUCGCUUCCCUUGUUGUCCUCCCACAGAACGAUGAAUGGUGGAUUGAACUCGAUGAUUGGCUUAACGAUGCACAUUCCUGGUCCAUUUCCGCGAUUACUUCCAUUGCCUGGGUUGUCAUCACAUACGUUUUCACUGUGGUGGACUCUUUCACCACAAAUCUGGGGUCAUCCAUCCAAGCAAAUGGACAGGCAGUCGGAUCGCUUUGGUUAUGGCUCCUGCCUAUCAUCAUUGGUUGGCUGAUGAUUUCGCCGAAAUGCGACUCUGUCAGAUUGAGCAGCAUGAUAGAGCGUGCAAAUAGAAUUGCCUAUGUCGCUACAGACGGGGGCAGCAUCAUACUUGCGAGAAAUGCUGGAACUGAGAAACGCGCUGUCGAACUCACAAUCUUGGAAUUGGAUCCGCUCACUCGCGAUGAGAAAUGCACGGCGCCCGUUUACAAUUACGCAAGGUUCCUGCCUUGGGUGAUGGCGGUGGAGGAGGUUUGUGAGGCAUUUCAUGGUGCAUCGGAUCACUAUCACGGUCACCGCUCUGUGGACCCGACCAUCGAUUGGGUCAUGGUUGACAGGAAGCAGCAACCUCACGAGCGUAAUCGCGUCGGCAAUAGGCGUCAAUUGGAGGAGUAUUGUAAGCCCCUCCACGCCCGGAUAAUUCGCAGCCGUUGGGGGCCGAAUGUGUUUUCGAGAAUGGCGAUCGCUUCGUUUCUUGCCAUGGUGUUGCAGUGGGGAACGGUAGGUUCAGCCAUCGUUGUCGCUUGGUUCACUCCCACCAUCGGGCUUGGUUGUCGUUCAGCUUCGUAUAUCGUCUACGGAGUUCUUUCUACCAUUGUUUGGAUCCUCCUCGUUUCCUCCAGCAUCCUUACACAUUACGCCACCAUGCAACCCCUCAAUCACUGGGAGCAACCUGUCAAUGACUGGUCCAUGAGGGCCGCGAGAUUGACCUCUAUCCUCCUUCGGCGUCUUGGGAAGUCGAUCGCCACCCUCAACUCCAUCUGGAUCUUCAUCUCAUGCCUGUUCCAGUUGAGCAACUUCUACGAUAGGUGCUACUGCAAUAGCAGUGUUUUCUGGCUAAAAGGCCGCGCCUACAAUGUCAUCCAGUUGAUGGCUGACGAUCUUGCAAGCACGAAGGGUGCGUGGUUAGGUGGUGUGUUUUUGGCGGGAGGGGUUGUGGUGAUUUAUGUUGGGUUCGUCGAAUUGUUCAGUGACCCACCUUUGCCGGACUAG